GACGUCACUUCCUGGCGUCUCAGUAAACACUUCCCCAGCAGCAGCUUCAGAGUUAGCAAACAUGAUCUGUCUGUUUGUCCACCGUGAGGAGCUUCAACCAAGCCUGUAAAAGUCAUUCCUGCUCUUUAUAACUAUAGCUGUCAGAUGAAGUCAUUCAGUCUUUUUCACUAGACCGCAUCCAGUUGCUGUCAUAAAAUUAGUCUUGACUUUUGGAGCUACAUUAGCUCCGCUAGCUUACCUGCUGAUGUAUUAGGAGUCCGUGUUACCAAUAGUUUUUUUUCUUGCUUUUAUUUAACAUGGUGCAUUCAUUGGUGAGCCUUUGUGCCAGGGAAGUGGUCAGUGACCACAGCUCGUCACCCACCUGGCUCCGCUGGGUUCCCAGGGAGCUUUACGGGGCGCUGCUGGAGGCCGCCUUCGCCUGCUACAGACCGCUGGCGGUGGGCGAGCUGGUGCAGCGGUGGCCUGAGCGGACCCUCCGCCUCGGAGGACGGAGGAAAACUGGGCAGAUUGCGCCUAGUCGUCUCUGCAUCCAGGCUCUGUUACUGGCGGUAGUCAGAGGACUGGCGGACCAAAGGUCAGCCCUGCAAUUACUGGACAUCUGUGGUCUGCAGGGAGAUGAGGGAGGAAUGGGGGACCCAAUGGGAGGCUGGUCUCUGACUGUGGCACUUUGCACUAUGGUCAUUCAGGCCAAAGCUGGAGCACAGAGGGCUCAGAGGAAAGAAGGAGAACGAGAGAGGAAACGAUUCUCAGCACUCGAGAGGGACCGAGAUUUAAAAAGAGAAAGAGGGGAAAGGAUGGGAGUGAAGGGAUUACAGGAUGAUGAGACGUGCAGAGAGAAGACAGCAUCCAAGGGACCUAUCAGUGAAAAAGAGCUUAUUAAAGGAGUUAGAAGAAGGAUGGAGAUGGAAAGAAAAAGGGGGAUUGUAGUGACAGGGUUCAAAGGCAGUAAACUUGAAACGGAAGAAAAAGAGGCAGAUUGUGAAGUGUUGGUGCAUGUUAGAGCGGAUCUUUUCGUGAACGCCCGAUCUUGGGAGCGUGUUCGUGUGGCUCUGAGCACAUCAGGACCCCUGAAGCUUCAGUGCAGACACCUGCGGGUGGAAGAGAUUUCAGUCACGUGUAUCAGGACUCUGCUAAACCAGCUGCCUCACAGGACACUCUUGGGCAUCGACAUUCGUUACAGCAGCCUUGGGGUGGCUGGCUUGGCUGAACUGCUGCCUCUUCUCUCCACCUUCCCUGAACUAAACUCUCUGCGGCUGCAUUACUGUAACCUCGACAUUCGCAGAAACAAUCUUGGUCAGGAGGAGGUCCUGAGGGACCUGUCACGGGGCCUGGCAAACCUGCAAGAACUACGGCAGCUCAGCCUCACUGCUCUGCGGCUGCCUGGCCAGCUGCGUGUAUUGCUCAGCUCAUUGCCACAGCCCUUAGAGGUCCUGGAGCUGCCCUAUUUAAGCCUAAGUCCAGCCGACCUCGCCUAUCUGUCCUGCAGCCAUCAUGUCUCCUCUCUGCUGCAGCUGGAUCUAAGCGAGAACUGUCUGGAUGAAACCACCGUACCCUCGAUCCGGCGCCUCCUCUCCCAGGCUUCCAGCAGCCUGCAGCACCUCUCUCUGAGUGGCUGUGGCCUGACUGAUGCCCUUCUGGGCCUGUUGCUGCCCUCACUGGGAGGCUGCUGGGCCCUUAAGAGUUUGGCUUUAGCCCUGAACCCCCUGUCUAUGGCGGGCCUCGUUGACCUGGUGCAGAUGGCAGCCAGAAUGCCCUGUCUGCGACAGUUACUAUACCCAAAUCCUCUGGAGGACUACCAGCCCGGGUUGCCUAAUCUGCCUUCUAGCACUCAACUGUUGGAGUGGCCUCUGGAUGAAUCCUCAGACAUUAGCAUGACCAGCAACCAGCUCAGCAAGGUGCUGAUGGACAGCGGACGCUCUGACCUUUUCUUGACCUGUGACCUGCUUAAUUAUGAUAAAGACUUGGUAGACUAGAGAAGAGACAAGAACAUUCUUUUUAUUUUUACCAAACCAGCGGCAAAAUCUAUAUAUUUGACAAUCAUUUAAUCCUCAUGAAAAAGCACUUUGUAAUCUUUCAUGUAUUUUUUCCUUUCUCAGCCUGUUUGAUAAAACAAUCCUGAUUAACCUGA